AUGCAAGAACCAACCCAGCCCCUUACCCACGCAAUCGUCCACAACGAAGGCUGCGACCUGCACUACUGGCGCCAAGGCCAUGGCCGCGAGCUGAUCAUCUUCAUCCCCGGCGGCAACGGCCACGCCCGGCAGUUCUUCGCCAUGAUGGCCGCUCUCUGCAACAGCAACAGUGGUCGAUUCACCUGCGUGACGUUUGACCGCCGGCAGAUGUCUGCUAGCCAGGUGACCCCUCCCAACAAGAACAAAAAGUUCAGCCCUGGCCAACAAGCGCGCGACGUCCGCGCCGUCAUGCGCGCCGUGGGCGGCUUUGACAAGGCAAUCCUCUUUGGCAGCAGUUUAGGCGGGAUCAUAGCCUUCCAGUUUGCCCAUGACUUUCCGGAGAUGGUUGACCAUCUCGUUUCGCACGAGGCGGGCACGAUGAGCCUCCUUCCGGACUCUGCCGAGGUGUUCGACUGGUGUGUCCACCUUGUGGAGGUCUACCAGACGCAAGGGCUGGAGGCGGCGGCGGCCGAGUUUGGAGAGAAGUUGAUUGGCUAUGGGGAUGAGGGUAUUCCCAAGACUGUUCCUCCCGAGCCGGAGAAUCCAAGGAACUUUUGGGACAAUGAGUUUCCUGUGCUGAUGGGUUUUUGUCCGAAUCUGUGGAGGCUGAAGGAGAAUAGGGUGAGCGUCGGGACGAUGAGGGGAGUGCGGUGCAAAGAUGCCUUCUUUGCCCGUGCCGCCGAGGAGCAGGCGAGGAUCCUUGAGUGCCCGGUGUACUUGAUGCCGGGUCAUCAUGGAGGUUUUGAAGUCGAGACGGAGGCCUUUCUCGGGCCGUUCUUGGACAUGUUGAGCGAGUUGGAAGAGAGACGGGCGGCUGGUGGUGGUGGUUUUGUAAAGAGAGACAAGACUGGGAAGGUGUAG